AUGAUUCAUUUCAAUGACAAUGAAAUUCGUCCUGAUGGAGAUGAAAGUGCAAAAAGAUUGCACAAAAUUUCAACAGUCAUUGAAUUAGUAAAUUCUCGCUUCAUAGAAGCAGUCACACCCGGCAAGACAUUGUGUAUUGAUGAAACAAUGGUGCCCUUCCGCGGUAGAGUAGUUUUCAAGCAGUAUAUCAAAGGGAAACGCCAUAAAUAUGGCAUCAAGCUAUACAAGCUUUGCUCACAGGAGGGAUACACUUGUAAACUCAAAAUAUAUAGUGGUAAGGAGACAAUCUUGGACAGUAAGCCAAUUACAACAAGUUUAGUUUUGAAACUAAUGAACCCAUUUCUAGAUGAAGGUAGGCAUUUGUUCACUGGCAAUUUUUAUACUUCAGUUGAUCUUGCCCAUGAACUGAUCGAUAGAAAAACGUACCUAACUGGGACCCUUCGUAAGAAUCGCAAGCAUGUGCCUAAGGCUGUAGUGAACAGAAAGUUGAAGAAAGGUGAGCUUGUCAGUCUACAAAGUAAUUCAGACGUGAUUGUGGCGAAAUGGAAGGACAAGAGGGAUGUUUUGUUUUUGACAAGCAGAGCAGUUCCGGAAAUGGUUACCAUCGCCACAAAACGAGGCCAAGAGAUACAAAAACCAUCGUCGAUUGUAGAGUAUAAUGCUGGUAAAACGUUUAUUGACCUAGAUGAGCUCCUACAGCACUCCACAUAG